AUGCAGCAAGACCCGAAUCCCAGACCCGCCACUGGGUAUCCUUACCCGAAUCCGCAACAACAAGCCGCCGCCGCCGGGUACCCAUACCAGAACCAUAACCCUUACUACGCGGCGCAAUCUAAUCCACGCGCCGUCUUGAUCCGCCGUCUGUUCAUCGUGUUCAUGGCUUUUCUCAUCAUAUUAGGACUGAUCCUCUUCAUCUUCUUCCUCGUUGUUCGUCCCCAGUUCCCCCUUGUUUACAUCAACUCUCUCUCCGUCUCCAAUUUCAACGCCUCCAACAAUCAGGUCUCCGGUAAAUGGGAUCUCAGUCUCCUCAUCCGGAACCCUAAUUCCAAGAUGUCGCUUCACUACGACACUGUCCUCUGCUCUGUGUAUUACCGCCGCGAGUCUCUCUCCGACACGCGUUUACAGCCCUUCGAUCAAGGGAAGAAAGAUGAGACGCCCUUCAACGCCACGCUCUCUGUCUCCGGGACUUACGUCGACGGGAAAUUGGCUGAUUCCAUCGCGAAAGAGAGAGCGUCCAAGGGGACCGUAGAGUUUGACCUCAGGAUGGUCUCUUUUGUCACUUUCCGAUACGGAGCUUUCCGGAGAAGGAGAUACCUCACCAUUUACUGCGACGGCGUGGCGGUUGCUGUUCCGGUGACUGGUAGUUCCGGGAAGAUGCUUGGUUUGUCAAAGAAAUGCAAAUCCUAUUGA